AUGGGUAGCAUCGCGCCUGAGGACGUUCGAUUCAUGGUGUCUCUCUCCGAAUACGGCGCCAUCCUGUCGCGGUUUUUCGAAAAGAUCGACUUCCACCUGCCCAAGCCCUACUAUGACAGCAGCAUCGAACCGGCGCUGGCCAAGUACAUCGAGGAGCAGCCGUGGUCGGAGGACUUGAAGACGCGGGCGGCCAAGUAUGCUAAGCAGGCCGUGGGCAUCGCGUCGUGGUACCCGCGAGCAUCGUUUGCGGUUCGCUUCAACUGCGUGGUCAUCACUCUCCUGGUUAUCAUCUAUGACGAGGAUUACAUGACCUUUGGGGAUGCAGGGACCGAGUUUUCUCUGCGGCUGGUGCGCGGACUGCCGCAGAAGGCGCCGUUUCUCGACUCCCUAGCACAGUUCCUGCAGAACACGGACCAGUACCUGGGGCCGUACGGCUCGUCCAUGGUCAUCAAGACUACGCUAGAGUUCGUCGAGGGCACCAACGUGGAGAACGACUUCAGCGAGGCGGUUCCCCCGGACGCCCUCCGCUUCCCACGGUACCUCCGUUACCGCAAGCUGUACCUCCCCGCGCUGUCACCGCUGUGCGAUAUCGUAGACUUCACGAACGACAUCCUGUCUUUCUACAAGGAGACCAUCCGCGGCACGGAGCGCAUCAACUACAUCUGCAACGUGGCCAACACCACGGGGUCCAGCGCACUGCGCUGCCUCCAGGAGACCGUCGACGCCGUGGAAAACAGAGUCCUCGAGAUCCACCGGAUCCUGGCGCCGUAUCCGGACCUGCUUGCCCACUGCAAUGACUAUUUGGCCGCGUACAUCGGGUGGCACAUCCGCACCACUUCGCGGUACUUCCUGGACGAGGUGAGAUUCAUGGCUUGGGUGAAUGUGACGGAGCUCGUGGAACCGAGUCCGCAGAGUGUGCAGGCAAAGGCGAAGGCGCAGACUAACGGGGCGAUGUCGGAGACAAAUGCGCUGGUGGCAGCGGGCGCUUCAUAG